ACACAUUUUGUGGUUCCCUUCCCCAGAUCGAGCUUCCUCACUCUCCAUGGACUCAACAUACGGAAGCGCCUUCGUAGGGCUCAUCGUCAGCGCCACUUUGUAUGGCGCUACGAUUCUGCAGGCAUAUCUUUACUACAGGAAUUAUCCCAAGGAUACAUACUUCCUCAAGCUUCUGGUCUUCGCAUUAUGUAUUUUUGACACCAUCCAGCUGGUUCUCUGCGUAACCGCGAUGUACUGGUAUCUGAUUACGAAUUACGACAAUCCUCCAGCACUUAGUCGCUUGACAUGGAGCAUGGAGCUGCAAACUGAUUGUAAUGGAGUUAUCGCGCUAUUGGUCGAAUGCUUCUUUGCUCGAAGGGUUUGGUUGAUGUCUUCUAACGUGUAUCUGGUGACCGUCAUCGUCAUAUUGGCUGUCGUACACUUUGUUUUGGGUAUAGUUUUUACGAUCGACAGUUUUCAACUGGUGUCCAACACAGAAUUUGGAAAUUUGAUUUGGGUGACAAGCGCAGGAAUCGGGAGUGCAGCAGCGGCAGAUGUUAUCAUUGCCGGAGCUUUAUGCUUCUAUCUUUCUAAAAGUCGAACAGGGUUCAAGAAGACUGACUCUCUCAUAUCGACGUUGAUCGUAUACAGUCUGACCACCGGAUUGAUCACUAGCUUUAUUGGGAUCGUCAUAGUAGUUACGUUUGCUACCAUGCCUAACGACUAUAUUUGGCUUGCGUUCUUCUGGAUAGAUGGAAAGUGCUAUGUAAACUCCUGCUUGGCUGCCCUCAAUAGUCGGGAAUCAUUACGUGAAAAAGCAUCACCUCAAGAUGGGAGCUUUCUUCAACUUUCAAGGGUCACAGCGAAUGGUACACAUAUAACUAGCACUGAGUCCAGGUCUGACGGUACUCGUUUAGCUAUCACAGUCCACACCGACACAGUUUUCAAAACAGAUUAUACUGAUCCAUCGCCGUCAUCAGAGUUCUCUGUCUUGGAACGAAAGUCGGGCUCUAUUCUGGAUAUACUCAUCCUUGUAUCCGAACAAUCUACCCCAGAUUCCCCUCGAAUCCUCGUAACCGCUAUUGAGGCCUGCGUAUACAAUGUGCCUUCUACAUCGUGCGCAAUAUUGUACAUCUCGAAGGUCGAUUCGACUGGUCAAUGCACCUCUCCUUCACCGACCGCCACACUUGUUCGAGCGCUUUUGUUGUACUACGGGGAUCAAGCCACUCGACCAGUAGCUGCAGAUCACCUUUGGAUUCAACUAUUUGCUCGAGCCCAAUCUCAGUACCUUUUCCCCAACUCUGCGGAUUUCUCAGGAAAACAUCCCCUCGGGGACGUCCAGCUUUGUGGAUGGUGGAAACGGGUCUUUACUGAUGCGGCCCUCGAAUUAGAAUCCUGCAGCAAAGGAUCUAUGGCACCACUCAUCAGAUUAUUUUAUGUCCUUCCCGGUUAUAGUGAGAUUGAGGCAGAGCAUUCUCUGAAGCCUGUCAAUGUUGCACGUCCGGUGACUCACAACUAUCAGUGGACAUAUGGGCAUCCCUAUUCCCAGACCGAAAUUCCCUUACCUUGCCCGAGGAAUGAUAUUGAUACCGAUGUGCCUCGGAAUUUGGGACAAUUCAUUCCGUCUUUUGACGACGAUCCGAAAUCGCGAUUUAUGGACGAGAUAGCUUAUACUACUGGUCCUGAAGGCAUCAAAUCACCUCCAAGAAAGCGUGCACGAGCAUCAUCUUCAGCCUCACACGAAGAAGGUCACAAGUUAAAUGUAACCGUGUCCAACGAUGGUGAUGACAAUGGCGAGAGAAGAGACAUCCACAUUGAGAAGGAUGACCGGCCUCUUGGAGAGCUCGGAAAAGUAUCAGUGGAUGAAUUUUGGGAGAGAAUGUCUUUUCGUCAGGAGUGCGUCGCGGGUGCAGUCACAGGCUUUUUUGCACUUGGGGCGACCUCAUCUCGGAAUGAUCCUGAUGAGCGUUCCGCAGUCUCACCUCUUAAACCACAACCUGGACAGGUGUCUUCCAAGAUGAACAAGCGCGUUAUCACCUCACUCAUGACAGGCGUUGAGUUCUCUACCAGAGAGCGCGCCAUACGCGCAACAGAAUUGAUAGAGGGCACAAUACGAGGCCUUUGUGAAGGAAUCUCGGUCGUUCCAGCUCCCGUUAUUCAUGCCCCUCGACCCAGGCCCCCGACAAGUUCAUCAGGGCGCGGUCUCACCAACGCCGAGCACGACAUUUCUCUUCUUGCACCCCCUCGUACUCCUCCUCGUAUGGCCAGCGGAAAACGGAUCGUACCUGAUGUUUCUCCAAAUCCAUUCCCGGAACCAGAGACAUCGCUAGAGACCUAUCAAUCAUUCAUAUACGGCUCCGUGAAUAUCAGCAAUCCAAUUCUGCAAAACAAAGAUGCCUUGAACGAGAACAAGGCCACAUCAACACCGCCUGUGACCAUCUUGACCGUCCGGAGAAAGAAAAAAAGACAAGGAUGA